UUCCGUUGACUAUAAAUAGAAUUUUCUGCGCAUGCAUUUUGUUCAUCUAUUUUUAUAUGAAUUGCUCAUAUACUGUUUCAUUGACUUGACGCCAUAUUGACUACUACUUUGAAAGGAUUUAUACAUUUAUUUUCAUUUAAUGAGGUAAUCAGUAUGGAUCCGUUAUCAGAAAACGGUUAUCAGCAGGAAGAAUCUUUUCUGAAAGUUGCAAAGGAGAAUUCGAUAUCUUUUUGUUCGACUUUCUUAAAAUAUAAGGACGUACAUUCAUUUCUGCAUCGGUCUGAAGGAGGAUUUAUAUCAACGCGCUGUGUUAAUGCUACGUUUGGAGAAAUAUAUUGUUUAAUGCAGAGCAAUCUCGACAUUGACGGAGUUGUACUGGAGAUGAAGGCAUUGACGGCUAUCAAAUUCCCAGUUUUUUACAUGAACCUUUUACCAAGAGGUGAUGGUAGUAUUAUAUCCAUGUACCCGAUUCUUAAGAAGCACAUAGAUAUAACUCAAUAUCAGAGAACUUCAUUUUCUUUAUUAAAAAUGUGCAAUGGUAUACAACUUUUCAGUUCAUUUGGGUGGCAAGUGAAUUUAGCGCUGAUACCACUACCAAAUAUAGAUUCAUCUUUUGACCUGCCCAGUGCUUUAAACUACAAAUUGUUUGCAAACCAGUACUUUAAUCGAGUAAAGUCCACCUUCCAAAACAAUCUUCUGAAAUUAUCACCAAAGGAAUUGUGUAAAGACACUUUUAAGAAGAAUUCGAUCUUUGACGUUUCAAAAUGGAGGGUUUUGGCAAAAGAUCAAUCCUUUGUCAUGGCCAUAUUAGAUAAGACUUUGAUUGCAUGUCAGGCUCCUCCGCAUCAUCGAAUUUCCAUUGUAGCUUUUCGUUUUGGAGAGAGAGAUUCCGUUCAAAUCCAACUUGCAACUGAUUUUUGCCUUGAACUAGUUACAUCUCUUACCACCCAUAUUGCCGUAACAUUCAAGAGCAUAGAUGACAAAAUUCACUUUUUCUGGUCACGUGACGGAAUUCAGAAGCUUGUAGGCUUUCGAGGAUCAUUACUUCCAGUCCUUUCCUUUAGAGAUUGCUGCAAUUUUCAAACAAAUUUAGAUGGUCGUCCAAACGAUAUCUCGGAUGAACUGAGGAAUGUGUGCAUGCAUCCCAAUAAUUUGAGAUUUUUGCAAUUAUACGCAGAUUCGCCCCACAUGCAUUGCAGCGCUAAGCAUCCUCUAUCUGGUCUUAUAGCGACAUGUAAUUUACUGCAUCCUAAAUCAACUGCUCACCUUUCCCGACUUUCUGAUGAUUAUCUCUCUGUAUGUCGUGAAAACUGCCAUAAAUUAGGAGAAGCCAUGCCAAUGCGUCUCGAAGUUGUUGUGUCCUUGGACGAUAUUCCGUCAGUGCUGAUUGCAAAGGAAAUAAUUAACCUAGAACAUUUAGAAUUACUUAUGGAUAAGUAUCCUAUGGUUGUGCCUUUUCAAGAAACGGUAAUAUAUUGCGGUCAAAGAUUAAGUUUUAUUUCUUUCAUAAAGAAAAUAGCUGAGCUAAUUUUUCACACAUUGGUCAAAUUGAAAGAAGAAAAUAAUGGCUUGGGCAAAAUGCUUCCCAGCUGGGAAGCUUAUCAGUACGAAUUGUGUAACGAAAUGUUAUGGUGGGGAAAACUGAACUCUUACACAGACGCCAUUUUAUCGCGAAACCUUGGUCCUGGUGAUGGAAAAAAUAAUCGGUCUGUUACCUUCGAAUAUGGUUUUUUAUGUCUGGAAUCCAGUAGUGACUGCGCUCUGGAUGAAAGCUCACCACCGCCGCUGCAUCACUGGACUACUUUAAAGUCACAAAUUGAAAGAAUCCAAAGAUUAUUCUCAUUUGGAGACUUCCUUUCUUGCAAUGAUAUAAUUUUAGGAACAAGAGUAGUUCUUCUACUCAUUGAAGAUAUAAAAUAUAGCAGGGAUGAGAGCCAUAAGAUCCCCUCACUGACACACGACCUAAGACAGGCAAGCGUGCCUUCAUGGGCUUCCUGUAUUUUAUCUGUAUCAGCGGAACAGUUAUGUAAAGAUCUGAGCAGGGCGGAUAUUUUUCACUUCCCUUUCACUUUCGGAAGGGCAUUGGAAAUGAUGAAAGGUGAAAAAAAAGAUAUUGCAAACAUCUUGUUGGCUGGCCUAAAUCACCUGAAUGUGAAAUAUUUUCCCUGCUAUAGAAUCAAACGUGGAUUCAAAUGGACUAACUGGCAAGUAUUAAAGAUAUUAUAUGGAAAUCUGUUCGCGGAAACAAAUACGUACGAUGUAAAACUUUUGACCGCAAACAUUAUAAAUGAAAUGGAAAAAGAAAACCUAGUAUUUAGAAGCAAAUUCAUUAAUGCCAAUGCAGAAUUUCCAUGGGUUUUUGAAACUUGUCAACGGCUUAGAGGACUGGAGCUGGGUCAAGAGAAUUUACUUCGGGUUUUAACGUUUGUAACAUGUGUAUGUUUGAUACAAAACGGAUAUUAUGUGAACUUUAGCUCUUUACUUGCUUAUGUGAAAGAAUUACCAAUUACACAGCAAGAACUGCAAAUGGUUAAAGUUCUUUCUGUAUUUUUUCUCCGGGGUCCCAUGGCAAAACGAAUUUAUCGAAUAUAUGAAGAUAUUCCACACAAGUUUGAUUGUUCAAAGCCUUUUGAAAAAAGUGGAACAGAUAUAGAGGAAAACGAAAUUGAAAACGCCAAUUUACCGUUAGAAGUUCCUGUUGUUGAGAAAGAACCAGAAGAACAAAAUAUACAGCAUGUCCCGGGCCGGCAUGUUCCGGCAAGACUAUUUCUUCCUUGGAACACAUUUGAGAUGAACAUCUUGCAUGACAUAAUAAGGAAGGGGAAGAACUCAUACCAAAUUAUGUAUAAAGAUUACGUAAACGAAUGUAAAAGAAGAGGAAUUCCAGACAGAACAUUUAAUGCAUUUAGAGCUGCCCUUUUGCGAGCAGCAAAGAGAAAAGAAUAA